AUGUCCUUCCAACAGAACGCCUAUGUUCUCGGCGUGGGUCUCACCCAAUUCAUCAAACCCCGCCAGUUACGCCCCUAUCCCGAACUGGGCUUUGAAGCCGGCACCAAAGCUCUAUUGGAUGCCCACAUCACAUACGACGACGUCCAGACCGGAGUGGCAUGCUAUUGCUAUGGCGACACCACCUCCGGCCAGCGCAUCUUCUACCAGUUCGGCAUGACCAACAUCCCCAUAUACAACACGAACAAUGCCUGCGCGACGGGAUCUACGGGCUUGCAACUCGCCCGGACGCUGGUACGGGGGGGCAUCGUCGAUGUCGUCAUGGUGAUUGGCUUUGAGACCAUGAAGCCCGGCUCUAUCAAGAGUAUCUGGGACGAUAGGCCGAGUCCCAUGGGCUUGGGGACCAGGCUGAUGGAGGAGACGAGGGGGAAGCACGAUACGCCGAGGAACGCCCAGUUCUUUGCCAACGCUGGCAGGGAGUAUAUGGAGAAAUAUGGCGCCUCAGCUCGUGACUUCGCCGAGAUCGCCCGCAUCUCGCACGAGCACUCAUCACGGAAUCCUUAUGCCCAAUUCAACACCGUCUACACCCUCGACGAGAUCGAAAAGUCACCCAUGAUCCACUACCCACUGACAAAACUCCAAUGCUCACCCACCUCCGACGGCGCGGGCGCAGCAGUCAUCGUGUCCCAGCGCUUCCUCGAGUCUCGGCCUGAACUCAAGUCUCACGCGGUCCUGAUGGCCGGACAAUCUCUCAUGACGGAUUCCCCGGCUCUGUUCUCGCGUUCCGCCAUGGACCUCGUGGGCUUCGACAUGACGAAACGCGCGGCCAAGGCAGCUCUGGAGGAAGCGGGCGUGUCCGCUCGAGACGUCAAGGUGUGCGAGGUGCACGACUGCUUCUCCGCCAACGAACUCAUCCUCCUUGAAGGCCUCGGGUUCUGCGACCAAGGCAAGGCCCACCACAUGGUCAGAAACGGGGACAUCACAUACGGUGGCAAGGGACCCAUUGUGAACCCUUCUGGAGGACUGAUUUCAAAGGGCCAUCCUCUAGGAGCGACCGGCCUCGCCCAAUGCGCCGAACUCACGUGGCAGUUGCGCGGCUGGGCCAACAACGGCCGCCUGGUCAAGGACAUCGACGUCGCCCUGCAGCACAACCUGGGUCUGGGCGGCGCCGUCGUGGUCACCGUGUACAAGCGCGCCGACGGACGCAAGAACACAGAUAUCAAAGAGAGCGAUGCCCAGAUCGCCCAGGCGAGCGGUGUCGGGUAUAACCCGGCUGUGGAGGCGAGGGGCGUCACGCUGGGCGAUUUUGAGAAGAUCCGGAGCAGGAAGUCGCCAUGCGAAUAUGCCCUAGGGGAGACGGCGGAGAAGUUGCAGGCUAGACUGUGA